AUGUCCCGCAACGCCCAAGUCGAAGAGGUGUCCGACUCGGACCCCGAAGAAGUUGCUCCUUCUUUGGUCUCUAGCAGCGCCAACGAGUCAAUUCUUCCUGGAAACUCUAUUCCGUCAUCAAUGCCCACGAGUUCUGCGCCCGAGCCUCAGCGAGAAAUUCCCAAAUCGUACCAAUGUCUUUACCCGAUAUAUUUCGACAAGUCGCGAUCCCGCGCAGAGGGCCGGAAAGUUGGCACUGAGCUUGCCGUGGAAAACCCGCUAGCGAGGGACAUUGUCGAUGCUGUACAGAUGCUAGGAUUGCGAGUUGGAUUUGAGCCAGAGAAAUUGCACCCCAAGGACUGGGCGAAUCCGGGGCGUGUUCGCGUGCAGUUGAAAAAUGAGAGCGGGGGACCGAUCAACUCGCAAGUAAAGAAUAAGCACCACCUCUAUAUUCUAGUUGCUCAAUACCUCAAAGCCCACCCGACCACGGACCAGUCACCUUACCGCUUGCGUAUUCGAGGGCUCCCAAUGCCCGAAAAACUACCCGAUGCACCUGCAGCUCCUCGUGGUUGGAAGAUUGGCAAGAUCCUCCCGAUACACUCCCCCGCAUACAGCGGUGGCGGGGUUAGCGAUAAUCCUCUGAAGGACGCCAUGGCCGAGAUGCAAGGAAUGCAAGGGAUGCCCGGUAUGCCGCAAAUUCCUGGAAUGCCCAACCUGGCAGGUAUGAUGGGCGGGGAGCCAUCGGGCGGCGGGGAAAAGAAGAAGGAGAAGAAGAAGGGCAAAGCAUGA